ACCAUGAGGCUUCUGCUGUUGGCUCUUCCUGUCCUUGCUCUUCUACCCCAAGUGAUCCCAGCCUAUGGUGGUGAGAAAAAAUGCUUGAACGGAUUGGGGAGCUGCAGGAAAAACUGCAAAGAUGGAGAAAUGUUUUGGGACACGUGUAAAUAUCGCAGAGUCUGCUGCAUUCCAGACACUAGGGAGCGCAAGCGAAAGGUCUCCGUCGCUGUCGGUUGGACCACCGGGACCACUGAGGCAACCCCUGAAGACUCUACAGCCUCUGCAGCCUUUACAAUGGACUUCGAUUUUUAA